AAUACACGAUUGAACUAUGAAGACAGUUCUGGUUUUAUCAGCGUGGCUCUGCUGUUUAUCUGCUGCUCUGGUCAACAGAGACACUGAAGAGGACUUGAAAAGGAGAUCGCUUCUCUCAGGCGAAGGAGAAAGAAGGGGGAACGAGAUUCAAGCUCAGGUGGAGGGAAGUGAUCAGCCAGUCAGGGAACAGUCACAACAGUCCUGUCAGCCUGACAUCCACUCUGUGCUGAGAGAGAUGAGCGCCAUGAUGGCGGAGCAGAGAGUGGAGAUGAGACACUUACAGCUGUUGGUAAAUGAACUGAAGAGAAAAGAUGAAGUUCAGGAGGCAGAGCUGGUUGCUGUGAAGGCCCGGUCAAACUUCACAGAGAGCAGAAUUACAGUGCAAGCAAUCAAAUUAAGAGCCCUGGAGGACCAGAAGCCCCAUGUGGAUAUGCUGUUGAGAGACAAGGAAGCCAAAAAAGUGGCAUUCUCAGCUUCACUCUUGGCAUCAGGAGCUGGAAACACAGGACCUUUCAACACUCAAACCACCCUGGUCUUCAGACAUGUCAUCACUAACAUCGGGAAGGCUUAUAAUCCCAACACAGGUUUCUUCACAGCACCAUUGAAAGGUGUCUAUCACUUCCAGAUAAAAGUGUCUGGAGCUGGAAUCUUCAGAUGA